AUGGCUAGCGUGCUACGGACAGAGGAUACCUUGUUGAGGCUGCUCACCGAGCAGCUGAGACGGAUACUCUGUCCUCAGGGAUUGUUUAAGACCUCACAUAGUAUGGCAAGAUUCAUUGUAUCGCUAGGUAGAAACGAUAAAAGGCUAUCCAUGGGACAGGAGAAAGAAUUUGGUCUGUUCUUAUUGGCUGUCGUAGGAAGACUAGAUAAGUACUAA